UGUUAAAGGGCCAAAUUGUAAUUUUGCCUAACACCAUUUCAUCAGUCUUCCGUUUUGUCUUGAAGACAAGAACACCCACCCUUUCUUCCGAUCUCUGCAUCUUAAAAAGCUAAUCAAAUUUACUUGAAACACUGAGAAAUCAAGAUGAGUCGUGGUAGUGGAGGCGGUUACGAUCGUCACAUAACCAUUUUCUCUCCCGAAGGUCGUCUCUUCCAAGUCGAGUAUGCUUUCAAGGCUGUGAAGGCCGCUGGAAUAACCUCGAUUGGUGUGCGUGGGAAGGACUCGGUUUGUGUUGUUACCCAGAAGAAAGUGCCGGACAAGCUUUUGGAUCAGACCAGCGUGACCCAUUUGUUUCCUAUUACCAAGUACCUUGGACUGUUGGCUACUGGCACGACAGCUGAUGCAAGGACCUUGGUCCAACAAGCAAGGAAUGAGGCUGCUGAAUUUCGUUUCAGAUAUGGGUAUGAAAUGCCUGUGGAUGUAUUGGCCAAAUGGAUCGCAGACAAGUCUCAGGUUUAUACUCAGCAUGCCUAUAUGCGACCCUUAGGAGUAGUUGCUAUGAUUCUGGGUAUUGAUGACGAGAAAGGGCCUCAACUGUUCAAGUGUGAUCCAGCUGGCCAUUUUUUCGGUCACAAGGCUGCAAGUGCUGGAUCAAAGGACCAAGAGGCAAUUAAUAUUUUGGAGAAGAAGAUGAAAAACGACCCUGCUUUCUCAUUCGAGGAAACAGUACAGACGGCGAUUUCAGCUCUGCAAUCAGUUCUGCAGGAGGAUUUCAAGGCUAAUGAGAUUGAGGUGGGAGUUGUGAGGAAAGAGAAUCCAGUGUUCAGAGUAUUGUCCACCGAUGAAAUUGAUGAGCACUUGACUGCCAUCAGUGAGCGUGACUGAUCAAACAGAAUAUCUGAGGCUGUUUUUGGGUAAUAUACAUUCUGGUAAUCUGAAUUCUUCAAAUAUGCUGCCAUUGAUAGUGGGGUUUGAAGGGCAUGUGAGAUUCUCCUGCAUCUGUUAUGAGAUGACAUAACUAUCGAAUUAUUUUACUGUAUUACUGUUUUUUGGCUUGUCUAAACUAUUCACAGCUAAUUGAUUUAGGGUGUUCUCUCUCUGUUUCUUUUUAGUCAUGGCUUUAUUUUCAAAAUAUUAUUUUAAGUUGCCAAAACCAUUGUCUGUGACUCACGG